AUGGAUGAAAGUUCAGAGAGCGGCGCGUUAGCUCAUCUUCCCGAUCAAGAAAUUCCAUGUAAUCAAGACCCAAUCCCCAUCCCGCUACUACGCACCACUCAGCUGCUCUUCAACAGCCGGAAUGACCCUGUGGCAAGAGCCAAAGAACUCUUCCGUCUCUAUGGCCCUCCUCCUGAUGAUGCUCCCUUCACUUUUCAACUCCCACGGUGGCCCAUGGAAUGCCAGGUGUUACCAGAGAGGAUUUGCCAUGCUGAUUUGCCACCAUACCAGCCAGAGUUAUUCUAUGUUGCCAGUGGGUAUGAGCCAAGGCCUCAGCCUGUUGGGGAAGAUGAAGGCAUUGUAGUUUAUCAGUAUCUCCCCACUUGUGCUGUCAACUAUUUUUGUCGCUCCAGUGUUGAUGGUCGAGGAGUCUUAGAUGAUCAAGUCCUUCCUCCUCUUCCUCCACCAUUGACAAGAUCUAAUACCCUGAGAUUUGAGUCCCGCUUUGAGAGUGGGAAUUUAGCAAAAGCCAUUCGUAUCAGUGAAUGCUUCUAUGAACUCCAUCUACGGGCAGACUUGUACACCUGCCGGCAUUGCCAAUGGUUUUACUUUCGUUUGGAAAACAUGCGCUCAGACCUUGUUUAUAGAUUCUCUAUAGUGAAUCUAUCAAAAAGAGACAGCCUCUACAACCAUGGGAUGCAGCCACUUCUCUAUUCUGAGAAGGACUUUGUGAUCCGAGAGGUUGGAUGGCAGCGUUGUGGUUACAAUAUUGCCUACUUUCGAAACAACAGCUGUGAAGAUGAUGAUGAUGAUGUCUGUGAUACAUUCACCUUGACCUUCAACAUGAAGUUUCCUCAUGAUGAUGAUACAGUGUAUUUGGCCCACUGCUACCCAUACUCCUACUCACAGCUCCAGGAAUUCCUCUCAGCUGUCCAAAAUGAUGUAGUUCGCUCUACAUUCUGCAAGCAGCGUGUUUUCUGUCAAUCUCAAGCUGGAAACCAAGUUUAUAUUCUUACCAUCACAGACAGAAAUCUUCAAAUCAUGGAUGAGAAGAAGCCAGUUGUGCUAUUGACGGCUCGUGUUCAUCCUGGGGAAACCCCAUCCUCAUGGAUCAUGCAAGGAAUUAUUGAUUACCUCACUAGUGAAGAACCAAAUGCCAAGACGCUGCGAGAAAAGUUUAUGUUCCGCAUCAUCCCCAUGCUGAAUCCAGAUGGAGUGAUAGUGGGAAAUCACCGCUGUUCCCUCUCAGGCAAAGAUCUGAACCGUCAAUACAAAACAGUGACUCGAGAUACAUUCCCUAUCAUUUGGCAUUUGAAGAAUCUCAUUCGGAGGCUUUGUGAUGAAACAAACAAUUACGGCGGCCAGCUGUUCCUUUACUGUGAUCUCCAUGGACAUUCCCGCAAGCAUAACAUCUUCAUGUAUGGUUGUGAGGGGAAAGGUGAAGGAGACCUAUCAGAGCAGAUUUUUCCCCUUCUCCUAUCCCAUUCUGCCCCUCAUAUGUUCUCAUUUGAGAGCUGCCGUUUCCAUAUUCGAAAGGAGAAGGAGGGAACAGGACGUGUGGUAACAUGGGCUAUGGGUGUGAAAAAUGCAUAUACACUUGAGGCAUCUCUUGGAGGAACAACUUUGAAGGGAAAGCCAGGAAGGCAUUUUUCAACUUGUGACUAUAAAGAAAUGGGGAAGCAUUUUUGUGAUGCAAUCCUUAUGCUUAUCAAUGAUGACCCAGCUAAGGAGAAGCUGCGAAGUCGCAUCCAGGCCAAGCUCACAGAAAGUGGGUCAUGUGCAGACUUCCCAACCCAGAUCUCAAUUGAAGACUUGCACAAGGAAAGUGAAGAAGACACAGAAUGUGGUGAAAGUGAGUCCGACAACCAUUUGUCAAUAAAGAAGAGAGCAAUGAAAAAUAAGAAGAAGAAGCAAGAAAUGAUAGAGAAGGAAGAGGCAUUGCAGGGUCUAACAGGCAUGGAGGCUUCAAAGAUGGAACAAAAAGAAGAGGAGAUUGUGAGAAAGAAGGGAACUAGUGAGGUUGGGGAGAAGAAGUCAGGGAAAAGAAAAAAGCCCAAAGGAAGGAAAUUGGCUCAUGUUGCAAUGGGGAGAUGUGUCCGCAUGGCAAAAAUAACUAACUUCCUUGCAUUGGAAGGUUCGAAGAAAAAAGGAUCCCGUCAUAUGCAUCGCAGAGUUGAAGAAAUCACUCUUGUGUCAGAGGUGGAUAGUGGAAGUAUUGAAAUGCCUUCAAUCCCCAACUUCAAUCUUCCCAAUGCCAAAGUGGAGGGUAAUAUCCUGAUGGCAUCUCCUUCAUAUCCCAAGUUGGAAGAACACUUCUCCCGAGUGUUGAUGAUGAGAGGGAGCUCUUUGCCAUCUUCUCCUCAGCAUCAUUUGUCACCAUCUCCUCCCAAGCUACACACUCAAGAGAGGGCAAUCCGUCGAUCAAUGAUAAUGGAUGCAAGGAAAUCAUCUCCAGAGCCUCAACAACCUCGUAUUCCAAUAGUGAAAGAGAGAGUAAAAAAGAAGGAAGAAAUGUUUGGUGCUGCUCAACUUCCUCUCGACUAUCUCCAAAUUGGAGGUUCUAGUUUUAUGUCAGGAAACUGCUCAUCUUCUACCCUGUCUCAACAACACAUUCGUCGAAAACGUGACUCAGCCUCUGCCAACAUCCAUUUUCGAGAUCCUUCAAACGAGCGGGAAUCCCCUUCCCGAGAGGAACUCCUACGUCGAAGAGGAAUUUCUCCCACUUUUCUUCGAAAUGUCCCAUCAACUCGGCUGGAAAGAUUAUCCACAGCACCAAUGCGACCUAUGAGCCCACUGUUUCCCCCAACUUCUCCGUGUCAGUUCCUCACCAUUCAGGAUGUCUUUCCUCAGGUGGUGACAAAGCACAUACAUCCCAAAGGAGGAAGUGAUUAUGUUCCAUUCAUUCAGCCAUGUCCCUCAACAAGUGGAGAAAUGCAGAGAAGAAAUCCUCAGAGGUACAGGCAGAAAGGAUCAAGACCAGCACCCUCAUCCAGUCAUACUCCAAGGAGUAGCAAGAAGACCAAAAAGAAGCGAAGCAAGUCCUCUGUAAAGAAGAAUGUUCUUCUUGGAAAGAAAAUCCCAUAGAGCAUUUUUGUGCAUAUGAUAUCAAUACCUAAGAGUCAAAACCUGCUCUCUCAAUUUUUGUUUUUUAAAUCAACCAUUCUGUCCAGGUUUGCCUCUCUAAAAAUGAAGCCAUUGAGGUGAAAGACUUGAGAAAAAAAAUUUCUUGAGUGAUUUGAGCCAUUUAACCAAUCAAUAAAGAUAGUUUUCUUUACCAACAUGGG